CUGGCCCGUCCCCCGCCCCUCCCCGCUCCGGUGCACGACUCAGCCGCCGCUCCGGGCAGGGAGGAAGGGCUGGGAGCCGCCUCCCGCUGCCCCCGGCCGCCCCCUCCCCAUGCAGCCCGGCCCGCCGCUGGGAGCCCUCCCCGGGGGGAUGUUUCUGCGGCCGCUGCCGGGAUAACCGGCGCGCCGCCCGCCCCCGCCCCGGACGGAGGAUGCUGCCCGCGCCGUGGCGGGUUCCGACUCGGGCAGCAGCGGCCGCGUCCGCCUCCUCGGCUCCGGGCAGCGUCGCCGGGGAGAGAUGAGUUCGCGGCACCAGGCGGACUGGAUCCCUUACAGUGUUCUGGAUGAUGAGGGGAGCAGCCUGCGUCAGCAGAAGCUUGAYCGACAGAGAGCACUGCUGGAACAGAAGCAGAAGAAGAAGCGCCAGGAGCCGCUGAUGGUUCAGUCCAACGUGGACAGUCGGGCAAGGACGCGCAGGACAAAGCAUUCGGAGGAGCAGGCCCCGCUGGUUGAAUCCUAUCUCAACAGCAACAGCAGCACCAUUUAUCAUGUGCAGGAGGCUGAACAGGAAGAUGUAAAGGUGGUAGUGGACGCCCAAGCUCCGAAAACUACUAAAAAAUCCAAGGCAGCAGCUGCGAGCUGUCAGAGUAGCAGCACCAGAAAGGAGAAAAAAGGGAAACACAAAGGGAUUGAUGGCCCAGCUGCUUUUCAAGAUGAUGUUCAGAAGAUAGGAAGUCAAGUGCAGAUUCUCACUAUUGGACAGUCUAGUCAUGAUGAAGAUGAUGGAGAGAAAGUGGCUAGUGGCCAACAACAGCAAAGCAAACAAGAUCUUAGAACGGCAAUGCAGAAAAAAGAUCCCCAUGCAAAUACAUCCUGGUCCUCUUCCACCUCCCAAUCCAGUCUUGUCGCCCUGGAUCAUGUUCCUGGCAUUUCAAGUAGCAUGAAUUUUGAUGAGGAAGAAGAUGAGGAGGAUGAAGACAGCUCCAGUUCUUCACAGUUAAACAGUAACACCCGGCCAGGUUCUGCCACGAGCAAGAAAUCCAAUAAGGAAGCAGCCUCAGCCCCCAGUCCUUCCACAAAUGAGCCUCUCAUAGAUGUCGAUGACCUGGAGGAGUUUUCUGUAAGACCUGCUCCACAGGGGGUCACUGUCAAGUGCAGGAUCACCAGAGACAAGAAGGGAAUGGACCGAGGGAUGUACCCUACUUAUUACCUCCACAUGGAAAGGGAGCAUGGUAAAAAGGUGUUUCUCUUGGCUGGAAGGAAACGAAAGAAGAGUAAAACCUCUAAUUACCUCAUCUCUAUAGACCCAACUGACCUGUCUCGGGGUGGAGAGAGUUUCAUUGGAAAGCUGAGAUCAAAUCUUAUGGGAACUAAGUUUACAGUUUAUGACAAUGGAGUAAAUCCAAUGAAAACAACAUCCAGCCUGGAGGCGAGUACCCUGCGUCAGGAGCUAGCUGCUAUUUGUUAUGAAACAAAUGUCUUGGGGUUUAAAGGACCUCGUAAAAUGAGUGUGAUCAUACCAGGAAUGAAUAUGGAUCAUGAAAGAGUUUCCAUCAGACCACGAAAUGAACAUGAGACGCUUCUUGCAAGGUGGCAGAACAAAAAUACAGAGAGUGUCAUUGAGCUGCACAACAAAACACCAGUCUGGAAUGAUGACACCCAGUCCUAUGUUCUGAAUUUCCAUGGUCGAGUCACACAGGCCUCAGUGAAAAACUUCCAAAUUAUUCAUGAUAAUGAUCCUGAUUAUAUCGUGAUGCAGUUUGGCCGCGUGGCGGAGGACGUGUUCACCAUGGACUACAGCUACCCAAUGUGUGCACUACAAGCCUUUGCCAUUGCCCUUUCCAGUUUUGACAGCAAGCUGGCUUGUGAGUAAAGGGGCGUGGGUGAGCAUCCUCUCAAAGGAAGCAGUUUGCCAUAUGAUUCCCAAUUCCUGCUGGUGUCGCUUAUGGUCCGUACUCAAAAAGGUCAGGGAAAAAUGCAGUUGUGGAGGACCACUUUGUUGCUGAAGAGAAAGUAAAAAGAAUCUUCUAAAAAUUCAGGACAUUCAGGAAAUCAUACUUUCCUUUUUUUUUUUUUUUUUCAUAUUUUUCUGGAAGUGACAUCAAGUUUUUGUAAAUAGGAGUUGUCUCUCAUGUCCCUGGUUACAUUAUGGAUGUGUGCCAUGAUGUACUGUACCAUGGCUCCAGUAGCACUACAACAGUGGUGUCUUUUUUUAAAACCCAGAAAGGGCGUGAGUGCUCCAAAACUUUCUUUUUACAUUUAAGAAUCAUUCCAAGGCUGCAAUCGUACCUCAAGGUUGCAUUCCUGCAUCAACUAAUCCGAGCUUCACAUCAUCCAGUGUAAGAGAAAGAUGAGGAAAAAAGAUGCACUUUUUUUUUUUUUUUUUUGAUUGUGCAAGGAUCUCAUGUAGUAUAAAGCUGAGUGUGAAGGUUGAAAACCUCUACUGGACUGAACUUGAUGCAUUGCUAUUGUACAUGUAGUAGGGCAUGAUGAAUUUUAAUUGCAGUAGGAGGAAAUGGAGAAGUAGAAAGCACAAAAUAAUGUUGCACAAGUCACUUGAAUUCUAAGCUGUCAUUAUGUUUUAACAUCAUGCUUUUUAAUUUGUUUCAAAUGAAAAUGUAUUUGCAGUACAGAAAAGGAAAACAUCUAGAUGCCAAGAAAGCAUAACUUAUGUUGAAUUUGGCAUUUUGUGGGCUGGGAAUUUAUAUCCUUGUAUUGCUGUGGUAAUUCAAACACAUAUUUUGUAUGAAGUGAUAUAAACAGUUGGAUAAAGGCGCUCUGCAGAGAAUCUUAUUAUUUGGAACAGGCUGUGUAAAGCUGAGGAAGGUAAAUGGAAAUAUUUUAUUAAAUUUGUCUGGCCUUUUGCGCUUUUACAAUUUGUCGAUUGCAUUUUUUGAACUUUGAGCAACAACCACUUUUCAUAUUUAUUUCCCAUUGUCAGAAUGCUUGAAAUCGAUUGAAACUGUAUGUUGUUCUCUGAUGUAAACGUGCCAGCUACUGAGCUAAAUCCUUCUAGGCAAAUCUAGUGUAUGCUGCAUACAAAUGAGACACUGGCAGGACACAGAAUAGUUUAAAAUAAUGCAGAUUUUGUGUUUCCUUUUUUUCUGAUUUAUCUGGAAUAUAGAAGCAAAUACCAUUUCAAAACACAAGUAAAGAACAAGUCAUUAUUAUCUUCUCUCUUGAACAUUUCAAAAGCCAGGAGCUGCAACUCAAAAGCACAUUGUAAGACAUCUUUAAAAAUAAUGGUUUUGCUGCCAUUGUUCUGUACAAUGUUGUCCAAAAUGGCAAAAGAGUAAUAGAAUUUGUGUGUUCAUCAGAAGGACGUUGAAAUGUGAGUGAAGUAGUAGCUGUGUUUUAUACUGUGUGUAUUCAGGCCCUCCUUUUUAUUCCUUAUAAACUCUUGCACUGUACAACCAGAGAUUAUGCAAUGCAAAAAUGAGAUCAAAUCCAAUUGUCUCAUAGUUGAUGGGUCCUUUUUGACUGUUGGGGAUGGGCCAUAAAGCUCUCCUUAAGKUUGUGCCAUUUGGACUGUUAAUUUCAACUAACAAAAGAAAUCUGCUCUCUUCACCUUUGCCUUCAGGUCUCUUUCUCAGUAUACAAAGAAAUUUCAGAUAAGAGAUGAAAAUACAUAAUUGCCAGCAUUUUUUCUAAUCUUUUAAGCAAUCUAUGGGGAAAAAAGUCUGCUGGCUKUAAACAGUGUUUUGUUGAUAGACUCAGCUUGUCAAUUAUUAUCUUUAAUUAACAGGAAGCUCUGUCUUUUUUUUYCCCCACAUCUUUUUGCAAGAAGUCUUUCCAUGCGAUAGUAUAAAAUGGAAAGACACCUUUUGUUUGAGAGAAAUGAGCGUCAGUUCCCUCAAUGAAGAAUCGCAGUGCUGAGUCACGAGCUGCAGGGUGAUAUUUUGGCUUUGCACAUGGGUGCUUUGUCUUUCUCUGUAGCUGGUGGUUUCCCACAAUGUCACAUCCCCAUCUGUCAUCUCACUUUGGAUUUAACAGAGAAGGCCCUUAGGCCUUUGCUUACCUUAUGUCAGCCUUUAGAAGCCAGCUCCAGUGACCACGAGAAUUUUUUGUUUGGACUCCUGCAAAACCAGUCAGGAAUUCCCACUGCUGGCAUUUUGGUGCCACGUGGAUUUCAGGAACUCUGCAGCAUGGGAAUGGUUGAAUCUGCAUGGCUUGAAUUCUGUGCCUUGCCAGUCACACACUUCUUUAGAGCCUGAGAAAGUGGCACCUGACACAGUUUUUUGCCUCUCUGUGCACAACACUGUGUCAAAGGAACUGUGACUUGUGCAAAUACACAAUCUGCUGGCUUUAGCAGGGGACUUGGUUUAGGAAGGGUUAUUUUUAACACAGAUCGUAACAAUGGUCUGACUCACAUCAUGACCCCCCAGGGAACUGGCAUGAAAGGAAACUCAUGUGCAGUGAACUCCUGCACAAGGGUGAGAAUGAGGAGCUGGGGAAAGGCAGCGAGUUCAGCUUCUUGGGACAGUUUUGCUGCCAGCACAUUGUGUAACUUCACUCUCACUGCAUGUUCUUCCCAGCCAGGUAUUUUUUUUAACUUGUAACCAUGCCAGGAGGAAAGUGGUUACUCAAAUUCCCAUCACCUUAACAGAAUCGUGCAGGGCCAUCAGCCAGUGAGCUGCUGAGGGAAAAACGCCCCACAAUAAAUUGAGGUCACUAGAGGGGGAUGUUAACCUGGGACUAAGGGACUAAGGAAUGAGGAACUCUCAUUAAAUCUGGUUCAGUUAGAAUAGGGUUUGUUCCUAAUGGCCUUUGCCAAAACCCUAAUUCUUCACUAUUAAAAAAAAGCUUGAGCUUGAGCAAGGUACUGGGUUUGAUUCACUUGGCUUUCACGAUCUUCUCUGGAAGCAGUUACUUUUAAUUUUGAAUCUGUAUAAUUUCUGAUGGAUAAUUUUUGCUGGAUAUUUUCUGGUGAAGGUCACGUGCAAGGUGACACUGCAAGUUUUCCAGCACAUCUCUAAAUUCUGUUCUCCUGACUUGGUAACAAGUCAAACCAGGUUUUGUCUUAGCAUAGAGUCAUACCUAAAAUGUUCCUCAGAAAGGUACAUUUUCUUCCACAUCAGUAAUAAAAUCUUGGUCCUAAUAAGUAUUUUCAGAGACAUGUCCACACUAAAGUAACCAAGGAGUAGUUAUUGGUCCAGUCCUGUUAGUACCUUCUGCUGGGCCUGCAUUCAGUGUGCAACAGGGCAUAACCUUGUUUACUCAGUGUGACAAAGAAUAGAACGGCCCCAAGCUGUAUUUCCUUCACACAGUCUUAGUGAAUGUUUGGAUACAGUAGAUUUAGUAUUAUUUAAAAUCCAAAUAUUGAUAAUUUUUUGCAUCUGCUGUUGAUUUUGGCAGAGUUGUAAACAAAUCCCUUGCCUGAAUUGCUUAUGGGYAAAUAGUGCAUGCUUUAAUGAGAGUUCUUAAUCUAACUUGUCACUCUGUUUACAUCAAACAGUUUCUUCCUGGCCCUUUAUCUAAUUUUCUUCAUCUCUGAUGUUCUGUUCCUUCUCAUUCUCUUCACAAUUCCUUUAUCUGCUCUUCAAGGAUGUGCAGCUCAAAAGUGUUUGACAAUAUUGCUCAGUGAUCUCUCUGCAGAUGAAUAAUGCCUUUGGUGCACAUUCAGUGAUGCUCCUACAAUAGAAGCCUUAUCAGAGGGGGAAUUUGGCYCUUUGGCUUUUCAGUGGAGUAAAUUAACACAUUAAAAGGUAGCAGAUAAAAAAGCUUGCCUAACAGAUAAUCAGAAUUUUUCUCAGUAAACAGUUUCCAAACCAUUGGCUGCAAAUCAAUGAGUAGAGCUGUCCACAAGCCUGAAGGCAGGCUGUUAGAUUCCCUUUGUAGUGCUGCCUUAUUUUUCCUUUUUUUUUUUUUUCAAAAGGUUGAAAGUGAUUUUGUGAGCUGAAGUAUGUUGGUGGCCUGAAAUAGUUUAUUUUUUAGAAGCUAGGCAUCAUUCUGCUCCUUUUGUAGGACAAUAUAUGGCACAUAAAAUAGUAAUAUUGUAGGCUCUUGUUGCAAAUUCUGAUGUUAAAAAAAAAGUGAGAAUGGUUUUGUAAUAAUUACUGGGCAAAACUCUUGCUAUUCAAAUUGCCUUACAAUAGUGCUGGAGUUCCCAGCUGGCUGUCCUUAUGAGGUCCUAGAGCUGAAGGAGUUGGAGCAAAAGGGGCUCUGUAAUAAAAUCUAAUGCCUGCACGGUUGGAAAAUAUUGUGGAGUCAAAUGUCACCACAGUUUUAUUAAUCAUGAUGAACCAAUGCCAUCAAUUCAAGCUUUCUGAGUUUUGCUCCCUUGUGAUGAACAAGGGAGGAGCUUUAAACAAGCAGAGACACCAGUGUGACCUCUAAAAGUAUAGGGCAUUAGACCUAUUUUUCUGUUAUAAAAACCUUACCCCUACCUGAGUAAUGCCCAUUUAAAAAUAAGAAAAUUGUUCCAGUCCUUACUGUGGAAAAUCAUUCCCAGUUCUUUUMUCUUACAAAUUUUUACAAAUUUUAUUAUUAAUUAAUUACUGAUUACACAUAAGGAUAAAUCAAGGAUGGGGAUUCCUUUGCCCUGAAGGAAUUAUGACGAGACCAGUAUCAGAUUAUUUUGUCUUUGUUUUUUUUUUUUUUGCUAGGACAGGACAGGGGGUUGCCUGGUGUUCUGGGCAGAGAAGGUUUCUCCUAAUGUAUUGCAGGUGUCAGAGGGAAGAUUUUGGGUUUGAUCUUGUGGCAUUCUAACUCCUUGCCCCAUACUAUCCCACUGCUCUCCUAAAACAUCAUUUAUGAGAUUUUUUUCUGGCUUUACAGAAGCCCGUGCUCACCAAUCAAAUAUCUUUGCUUGGCAAUUAAGGACAGCACAGCAGUCACCUUUAUUAGAACUAUGGGCUGAUGACUCAGAUUUCUCAAAAGGCUUCAUUUUGACUACUAGAAUAAAGUAGUUUUAUACAUAUAAAUCUUGCAGUCGAUUUAAUCUAACUGUAGGUGCAGGAUUCUCUUGUAUGUGCUCCUUAAUGAAAUCAGGUUCCUGUUGUUCCUCUUGUACAAAAAGCACCUUCCAGGGUUCUGCUCUAUGUGUUUGAAAUAAUUAUGUAGAUAUUCUUCAGCUCUUUUUGUUGCUUGCCAAGGAACUAAGAAAAGAAUUUGCACAACUAUCUCAAUGCUUUGGUGUUUUGCUAUGAACUAUAGCUCAGUAGCUGAUACUCACAAAUGCCUGUAUAUUGGAUGAAAAUGCAUUAAAACUUAUUUUGUAUGUUGUAUUUUAUUUAACUGCCUAUACAUUUUCGAUUCCCCUUUUUCCGUAAGGGUGUGUUUGUCUAUAUCUUCACUGAGAAGACUUGAAUUAACUGGCUUUCGUGAAACUCUUUAAUGGAACCAGUACUCUGGUUUGCUAAAUGGCUCUAGGAAGAGGACACUGUUCAGAAAAAUUAUGCUUAAAUUUUUGAGAAAAACCUUCCCUAUUCACAUCAUAAUUGGAUUAUACAGUAACACUGGAAGCUUAUCAUGGUUUAAGUCUGCAAUAGCAGUUUGAAAAUCAGUCUGACAAAAGCUUGUUGAGUACAUGAACUGUUACAAAGUCCUACUCGAGAGUCAGAACCUAGCAAGUACCUUGGAUAGUCAUGAUUUAUUCUCUGCUUGGGUACAGGCCAAAAAAAGUCCUGCAGAGUCAAAAUCUGUGUGCAAAUCAACAUAGUCUUCUAGRCUGAUAGCAUACAGGCUGGGGGGAUUGGGUCACCUGGGCUCUAACGCAGCUGACUCUGUGCAAAUCUUGGAACCUCUUUGUGCCUCUGUUCCAAGGASUUGAGUGCAACUCUCAGUUUUUGGCCUGGCCACAUCUGUCUCUGUUCUGCUGAGAGGAUUGCCAGGAGUGCUUUGAGGCUGCUGGGUGGCAGGGGUGCUCAGAACCCGAUUUAAUGCUCCCCGAAGGAACCAAAAUAGGAAGUUUUCUGCUACCUGUGUAGAAACCAAGUAAUUAAACAAUCUUUUAGGAUAAAGUSUUGAUGCUGUUGAAUUCUAUGGAAAUCUUGUCAAUGACUUCAGUGCAGCUUCAGUUUUUUUACCUUGCAUUAUUUUUGAUUACUAAAAGUGCAAAAAAACUGGUAAGGGCAAAUCAUCCRAUGCACUUUCCAUUCUCACAGUGUUGUUGGUUGUGUUUUACUUGCCACCAUCAGUUGUUUUAAAACUGUGGUUCCUGAACUCGUUGCAGAGGUUCAGUUAAUACAACCACCUAUUUAUGCUUUUAUGUAGCAAACUGAGACACUCAGCAAUUGUGCAGCAAAUUGCCUUUUUGUUUGGGUUCUUUUUUCCCUUGGAUGUGACUCAGUUGUUCAGAACUGUUGUUACUGCCCACUUGACUCUGUCAUGCACAUCUGAUUAAAAAACAAUGAGCCUCAUGAUUUAUGACUACCUUUAUACUCAGUUAGGAUGUUUACAGUGUUUCUCACAUUUCACCCUGUAUCUCUGCCUUCCUACUGAGGCUGUCCCAGUUGGCACAAUGCCAUUAAAAGUGUUAGUAAUUUAUUAAGUGAACCCUUUCAAAGUGCCAGAAUGUAAUUUAUAAACAUUUUUAUAAAUUUUAACAUUAAAAUCCAACUGAUUUCAAUGCUUACCAUUUGGAUUAAAUUGCAAGAUUAUUUGUUCAAAAUUUUCUUUACUCAAGCUUGGUUUGAGGUUUAAGCUCACAUUUAGGACGUAGGUUUUUUUUAGGCACUCUUUAACUUCAAGUAAGAAAUCGUGUACCUUUCCUAUGCUGACUUACCAAAUAACAGCAGGAAUAUUUUCACUYCCUUUGAAUUUUAAAUUCCUUUUUUUUAAGUCUAUGCCUACUGUUUAGGUAAGCGUAAUCUUGACACUGAGUCUUGACGUGUUGGGAAAUUAUGUCAUGAGAUUGCUUAUUUUGCCAGUGCAGAAAAUCUCACCAGUACACAAAAUCAGAGUGUGUUGGGUGGGCUUUGGAAUCAGUAAGGUUGGAAAAGGCCUCCAGGAUCUUUAAGUUCAGCCUUUGACAUGCUAUGAAGUUUAGUGUUCAAACAAAUUUGUGAGCCCUGRCACCUCAUAACACGAAGUCUUAGUUCCAGUCUGGGCCAGCAGAAGAUAACCCAAUUAUUACCAUCCUGUUUUCUUCCCUAGGGAGACUCUCCUGUCCUUGCUGGCUAGAAGUAGAACUGUAUUGAUCCUGAUGYAUCUUUAAACAUUUUUUAGCUAUUUUAAAAAUGCUUUCAAAGAUGUGGUCUAAGCUCAAAUAAAGCUCUUUGAAGUAGUUCUAGGUGUACCAAGUUGGUUUAGCUGAGAGGCAGCUGCUUUUUCCAGCAAUUUCCUCAGUUGUCCUGUGAGCAGUGCUUGAUAUUCCYGCUGGAAAAACAUAACAUAGCUAUUACAUUUUUUAUUUAUACACAUAUAUAUCUCAGCAUAUUAUAAAAUAAUAUGCUUUCCUUWGGUUUUGCCUUAUGAUGUUGCAGGUUUGUGCACCACUACGCUUCUUUCUGAAGGGCAGUACUUCAAUGCUGAAUGCAAACAGAGCAAUGUUCUCUAGUAAAGCUGUCUCAUUUCCUGCUGCCUUACAUGUGGAGUUUUGGUAUUUGAUACUAAAAAUACAAACUUUUCAUCACUGACACUUAGUGCUAUGUGCUUGGAUUGGUAGAAGGCUUUCUUUGCCAAUCAGGAAUGUUAUUAUUCCUUAUUACUCCCACAAUUACCAUAGGUGAGCACUGGUAGACAGAGGGUCUCUGUUUUGAACUUCAUCCUAAAGACUAAACUGUUUCACUUCAAUUUGGAAUAGCAGAAAAACAAACCAUGUAACUCCUCAGUCAAUUAAGUUGCACUGAAAUCAAGUUUCAUGCAAAUUAAUUUGUGAGAAUGACUGACUCCAAACAAACAUGAGAAUGCUGAGCAAGUGUCAGGAACUGAGAAGUUGCUCAGCAAAGUUUUUAAAUAAAGCCCACUGAGUUUUCCUAAGUAAAAAAGCCACUGGGGCUCCAUUUCAUUCCUAACUAUGUUUAGCUGGGGAGUCAAUGUUUUAUAAGGUAGUCUGAAAAGACAGAAAUUCUGUGUGCUGUUAAUUCUAACUUCUGAUUAAAAGUACCAUUGCAGAGUGAUGUGUACCCUUACAAGAUUUGUAACAAUAUCAUCUCAAAAAGCUGAUUGUGGGAUACAGUUCUUUAACUUAUGAAUUCUCAAGAGUUACUGAGUUCAGUGACACUGUAAGUGUCACUAUGACAAGGGUUUUUUUGUUGGUUUCUUUUCCAAAAAAUCCCAAAACCCCUGUUUGCAAAAGCACUGGUUAUUUUGUCUUUUGGACUACACUGCACAAGUCCACAAGGUUGCAUUUCUAUUUGGUAUCAAUUCAAAUGCUUUCUUGAAGAUAAUAGAUGCCCUUCAGCUUCUUGGUAAUCUGUGUUACUGCAAUUCCUUGAUUUGUUUCAAGCUGCCUGGUUUUGGUUUUUUUUUUUUUUUCCCCUACCCCAUCUAUAACUUUCUCUUUUUUUCAAACAUGUACAGGUUUUUCCAUAUGGGGACACUCCAGAACACUGAGUCAGUAAAAACUCUAUAAAGUCAAUAUCUUUGAAUUAAAGUGUGUUAAAUCCCUGUGUAUAUGUUCUCAUUUUGAAGUAGGAUGGCAUUCAGUUCUGAUUGUGUAAUCCUCCACCUGGGUAUUCAUCAAGUUGGGCAGUUCAAGGUCGUUGGGGGAAUUUUAAAGUGCUGAGCAGGUUUCUGACCAAGCCCUGGUGAAUAUUUGUAAAGGCAUUCACCCCUCUGCACUCUCUGGGUGGCACUUUGGACUACUGUACCACAUUUCUUGGCUUCUGAAUUGUAUCUCAAAGCUCAGCACCUGCAUGGUAGAGCCCACAUUUCCCAAUUAGUUUUCCUACUGCAGUAAUUUUCAGCACUCUCUGAUUUAUUGCCACCUGUAUGAUGAAUUUGGGCUUCCUGACAACAGUCUGCUUUCUUUUUGGGAUUUUGUGGAUGCCAGGAUGCUUUACUAGUAUAGCAAAGCUUGACUCUAGGAGCAUGAUGUAAAUGAUGCCAGAAUAGCUGGGUUUAUUUUACAGUGCCCAUCAGAGGGUUUGCUUGUUUCUCAGAAAAUAAUCUUCCUUUCUCUUUUUCUUCUUCAUUUCUAUCUGCCUGGAUCUGGAGGAUGAGAGCCCCUCUUAGUAUUCAUGCAAGCAGCCACCAUAUCAGAAAAGCACACACAGCGGGUUUAUCACGGAGCAAUGCAGCUCCUACACGCUCACUGUCACCCUGCUCUGUCACAGUGCUUGUCUGUCUGUCCCUGUGUGCUGUCCCCUACCUUGUGUGUCAGUCACCAGUCAGAGGACACGGCUGCAGAGACAUGCAUGGAAGCUUAGCAGAGGAAAUGUUGAACYGAAGCCAUUAAAUUACAGCUCUCCCAAUCCUGAAGAAAGAGCUCCUCCUGAAGGCAAAAACUGGGACCUGUGGCUCCUUAAGUUACUUGAAUUUGUGUUUGCAUUGCAUAUAAGAUAACACCUUUCUGUUAUAUUUGCACUAUUUUGAGCCCUGAACCCAGAAGAAGGCAGCACAGCAUCCAAGGAGUGCAGUUGCAGAGAAGCAAACCAAAGUGCAAACAAGCUCCAUUUGCAGAUGUGGAGGAACUCCAGCGUGCAGGCCAGGCAGUGGGAUGUGCUGGGAACACCAGGAGGGUGAUUUCCUGCCAGAGAAUGGGCACRCUGCCUGGCAUUGCUGAGAGGGAGUCAUGGAUUUCAGUGUUUGAUAGACUGAUGGUCACUGCUUGUGCUGUUGUAUUGGUAAGAACUGCCCAUACCAUUGGUUUGAUUUAUGUGCAGAUUUCUUCACGAUGCCAUUUUCACCCAUUUACCAUUUCAGGCCUAAUCCCAAGYCUGCUGGUGUAACCAGUGUAUGUUUCUAACUUCUGUUGUGUCUCCAUAAUGCCACACUUGUGUGUCCCUGCCAGAUUCCUCAUGUCUUCUUGUCCGUCUUUGUUUAGAAGUGGGUUUAGCUGGAUCACACAAAUUGGGCACUACCGGCAUGAACACUUCAGAAAAUUGGGAGGCCAAAAUUUGCUCUUACAUACACCCCAUGAAGACUUGUUGACACUCAGAGGGAAUCUAGAAUAUCUAGAGGCAAAAAAGUCCAUCUUUUCUAUUAAAUGUGCUGCCGAAUUCAGUGAUGUCAUUACUGCAGCUCCAAGGGCAUUUAGAAAAACAAAACCUUGUCCAUGAUUUAAGGGAUAAAAUUCUUGUGAACCUGCACAAGAACUAGCAAAUUACACAGGGAGUUUCCCUAAGAAACAAUGUCUGUAAGAAACAAACCUCUUAAGAGUGGCUUACUGAAAGACAUGUAUGAAAAAGAUAAAUAKUGGAGCUUUGUUCAUUUUUAGUAUCUUAAAAGUGUAAACAUUUUCUGUGAUUGAAACUAAGUUUAUUUCAAAUUAAAAUCCUGUGCUUAUUGACAGGAAAAUCAGGUCAUCUAACAGUUGUAUACAAAGCUUAAAGGGGACGUAUAUACAUGUCCAGCAGGAUUCUCAGUAUUAAGGGUAUAGUGGGUUUCAAUUAUGACUUACCCAGGCUUAGAUGUGCAAACAUGUGUGCACACAAAUAUAAAUAUGGAUACAGUCUUAAAAAUACUCCUUUAGUCACAGUCACAGCAUAAACCAUGAUAUGAAUUUGCCUUAGUGUUAAUUAUUGCAAAAUAUCUCUAAAAGAGUCAGUUAUUUGAAACCUCUUGAAAUAAUUUUGAACAAGUGAUUUUUUUUUGUUGAAAAUAUUAAAAAAAAGUUCCCUCUUAUGCUUUUUAUGUCAGUGUCCRUAUCUAUUAGAGAAAGCCAUCUGCUUUUCCUUUGAGCUGACUUUUCAGUGGGAUUGAUCCAUACAGUGAAUCAAAUUCUACCCUAUGAUCACAAGAGUGUGGCUUUUGUUUCUCCCUUUUGAACAAUUUCUUAUCUCAAGAGCAGAGAAACAAAACAAAAAAAUACCUGUGGAGGAUGUUUUAUAAUUUGUUUCACCUUUAGAAGUAUCUCAGAAAGUACAUGCUCUUGAGGUGGUUCAUUUCUGAGAGUUCCUCAGAAUCAGCUGAGCUGAUUUUGUCCUUUCCAAUUUACAGUCUUCAUCCAAUUAAUGACAGCCUGAAAGGUCCAUCAUUUGGGAGCAGCAGUAGAAAUAUACAUUUUAGAACAUGUUGAGRCUGUAUCUGCCUGUAAAGAAAAAUAACCUUUGUUUUGACUUGUUUACUUAAACUUCAAGAAGUAGAAAAUGUGCUACAUGAAUGUUUAGGUCCCUAGAAAAUGAAAAAGCAGAUUAAUUAGGGUUUUUAAUUUUCUUUUUUUUUAAUUCCCACAGUAAACAUUUUCUGACUCAUCUCUGCCUUUCUUAAAUAAACUGAUGUUAUACAGUAGACUUUGAAUAUGUUAUGGUCUAUAUUUUCUUUAUAUUUUAUGGGGUUUAAAGAAUGGAAUAUAUAAAAAAAAGAUAAAAAAUGACCUAAUCAUGAGAACGACCAUUUAACCAGACGUGUUUUUUCACUUGUUAGCACACAAGACUKUCUUGGCCUGUUUCGGGGAGUCAGGCAUCUCCUUUUUGUUCAGACUUUUAGAGAGUUGUAGAUAAACCUUCAAGAAUGUGCUUUUACAAAUGAAAUUUUUUAAAGAAACUCUUUGGUAUUCUGGAGUAAAUAUUAAUAGUAAUAAAACUGGUAUKUAUUUACCAGUAUUUGCAAUGACUGAGUUUUGUGUUUUCACAUAAUUAACCUGGUGUAUGUCAUAGAGGCUCCAGUGUGUGAAUACAGAACACURUGCAGAAAUAUUUGUUUGAAACAACAAUGUCUUUUCCUACCCAAGAUCAGCAACACUUCAAUAAAUUACUUCCAGUGGAGUUAUUUAACAUGAGUUUCCUGUGCCAUUCAAGCUGUAUUUUGACAAUUUGCUCUGUCAAAGGCUCUUGCACCUUGGCAGGUGUUUGAUCCCAACAGAGAGGAGGUGUAGUCUGUGAGCACAAUCUAAGCCAUCCCAGGAAGAUCACUGAGAAAAACAAGAGGUAUCAAUUUGCUCUUUARGAAUCUACCCCCACAAAAACUGCUGAAGCUCCAAAGCUGAGAAAAAUCAUUUGACCAUGCCAACCUUUCCAGCUGUGUUUGGGAUGCUCAGUCUGAUCUGGGGUUGCAUUCAUUUGCUUUGAAAUACAUAGUCAGUAUAAAACUGCUGAAAUACAGGUAAUUUUUAACUCUUACCUGGGUUUUCUUGUCCAGUGUUUGUGAUACAUGAGGCUAGAAACAGUAUUUUUAUUAGGAUGUGCAAGUAAAUAUUUAAAUAGAAGAUUAUUGCACUAGACAGUUCUGUGUUCCCAAAGGUAAGCAUAAUUUUUUUAGCUGGAAAAUAAAAAAUC